ACACAUAGUAAAUAAAUUGAAAAUGGCGUCGUUUCGCCGAUCAAAUGAGCUUGAGAAUAUAUUUUUCUGUAUUGUGUUUUAAUUGUAAUAAAUACUGUCAUUAAUUUAAAAUUCUUCCUACGAUAAUAGUAAUUUGCAUUAAAAGUGAUAGUUUAAAACUAGGAAGCUAUAGGUUUCCUAAAAAGGCGCAAUGGUGAUUUAUGUAAAGUUGGUGUGAUAUCAAAUGUUUACAUGAUUCGGGGGCAGGGCUGGGGGUCAAAAUGCUGCCGACGGUGGAGGAGAGUCGUGGCUACGACUUCCAGGACCCAGAUAAUGCUGAGAAAUGGCGAGGAUUGUUCGUCAACUCUCUGCGUAAGGUCUUGGAGUCAGUGCAUCCAACAUUAACAGCUGAGGAGAGUGCACUUGAAUAUGUUGAGUCACUUUGCUUACGCUUACUGGCAAUGCUAUGUGCGGUCCCUUCACCACUCACAGUUCAGGAUGUUGAAGAGCGAGUUGCUAGAACAUUUCCGACACCUCUGGACAAGUGGGCGUUGUCUGAUGCUCGUGAGGCCGCAACAAAUCGUCGCCGGAGACUGCUCCUGCCCCUUGACAAGUUGCAUCAUUUACUGCAGAAGGAGGUGCUUCUCUACAAAAUCGAUACGUCAGUGUCAGUGUUUAUGACUGCAGUUCUGGAGUAUGUGAGUGGAGAUAUACUAAAGCUGGCUGGUACUUUCGUCAAGAAAAUCUCUCAGAAAUCUGGCUACCAGACAAUAUCGUGCAGUGAUAUAAAGACUGCUAUGUGUGCGGAUAAAGUAUUAAUGGACAUGUUCUACCAAGAACCGGAGUUACUAGCCGCGGGUGCGGCGGGAGAACGUCGAGGGCGGCGGGGCUCGCUGACAUACGGGGAGCUGGUCCGGGACCUAUUGGCAGAUGAGAGAAAUUUCCUACGAGACCUGCAUCUCAUCAUAAGAGUAUUCAAAGAUGAAUUGGAAAAGAUACUUGAAAGGGAUAGUCGGGCAAUAUCUUUAAUAUUUGGAAAUAUAGUAGACAUUUAUGAACUAACAGUGACAUUACUGGGUAACCUUGAAGAUGCUAUGGAAAUGUCUCAAGAUUCACCAACACCAUAUAUUGGAAGUUGUUUCGAAGAGUUAGCAGAAGUAGAAGAGUUCCGUGCGUAUGUUCGGUACGCGAAUAUCGUAACAAGGAAAGAAUCACGGGAAGCGUUGCAGAAUAUUGUUGAUGAUCCAGUGUUAUCAGAGAGAUUAGACACUGCGGGUCAUGGAUUCCGUCUAGCAGUAAAAUAUUACCUGCCCAAAUUACUGCUAGCACCUGUAGCACAUGUUUUUCUAUAUCACAACUAUAUCCUAGCAUUGUUACAAAUAGCACCCGCCUCUGAAGAUAGAGAGAGUUUUAAACAAGUGGAGUGCAAUCUUCAUCCUAUAAAGAAAUUGUUGACUAAAGCGCUUGGAAAUGGACCUAAGAUGGAGGCAACACUGCGAACGGCUGCGAGAACAAGACGGCAGCUGGCUAUAGAGAAGUGCAACGAACUUGCUCGUCUGGUCGACAACUGGGACAACCGGGAUGUGGGGCAGUGGUGCAAUGAAUUUAUUAGAGAGGACACACUUUCCAAGAUUGGACCCGGCAAAAGGAUAGCAGAACGCAGAGCAUAUCUUUUCGACGGUUUACUUUUAUUAUGUAAACCUAUAACAAGUUUGGUGGCAGUUAACAGUAGCGGUCUAACAGCUGGAGGAAGCGGUGGACAGCAACUGAAACUCAAAGAAAAAUUACAUGUUCGGAAACUGGAAUUGGUGGAUAGACCUGAUACUGAUGAGGGCCGGCACAUGGUAGAGCUGUGCCCACGAGUUGGUCCUCCGGUGCUGCUUGCUGCAGCAUCCUGCGCAGAGAAACGCAACUGGAUGUGUGACCUUGUUAUGUUGAAUACUAAACCAAUGCUGGAUCGAAGCUUGGACAGCAUUCUAUUAGAUCUAGAGAGGCGACAUCCUUUAAAAUUACCGCCUGUCCACUUGUACCGGUUUGCGGUACCCGACUCGCCUGAUAACAUUGUAUUGGAGGAGCGCGCCUCGGCUAAUACAUCGCCUGUACCACUCAUUAAGGGAGCAACUCUACUGAAAUUAGUGGAAAGACUAACGUAUCAUAUUUAUGCUGAUUUGAACCUAGUACGAACUUUCCUCACAACAUAUCGUUCGUUUUGUUCGCCCAGUGAACUAUUGGAUCUAUUGAUUGAACGAUUCAAGAUACCUGAGCCUAGUGAAGUGUAUGAUGCUCCAAGAAUAGUCGUAAGGACCAAGCCUUUGAAGAAAGAUAUUAGCCCCAAAACAUCUUUAUCACAGAUAUUGGACAUUGAAAUCGAUUGUGUGGAGAGUACAGCAAGCAGUGAUGCGGAGAAGUUAAGCAAGAACACAGCACGGGAAGACUGGAAAAGAUAUAGGAAAGAGUUUCAACAACCCGUCAAGUUUAGGGUGAUCAACGUGCUGCGUCACUGGGUAGAUCAGCACUUCUACGAUUUCGAGCGUGAGCCGGCGCUGCUGGAGCGGCUGCGGGACUUCCUCGAGUCGGUGGACGGCAAGCCCAUGAGGAAGUGGGUGCAGAGCGUACUCAAGACUGUGCAAAGAAAGAGUGGUCAGAACUCGGAGUUGGAACUAGGUGGGGGUGUGUCCCACGUGUUUGAUAAGGCUCCACCGGCGGUGCUGCGGCAUGUCGCGGAUCCAGAGAAACACGCGUGGCACCCACUAGUGUUGCACCCAUUGGAAUUAGCAAGACAACUGACACUGCUUGAAUUUCAACUGUACAGACUGGUGAAACCAUCAGAACUUGUAGGCGCUGUGUGGACCAAAAAAGACAAGGACAAAACCAGUCCCAACCUUCUAAGGAUAAUAAAACACACAACUAAUUUCACACGAUGGAUGGAGAAAUGGAUAGUAGAGAGUGAGAACUUGGAGGAACGUGCGGCGGUGGUUUGCCGGUUCUUGGAGCUGGCGGUGGCGCUGCGCGACCUCAACAACUUCAAUGGCGUGUUAGCUGUCGCCGCAGCCUGCGGGAGCGCCUCCGUGCAUAGAUUACGAGCCACUUUUCAGAUGGUGCCUCUACGACUUAUCCGAGCAUUAGAAGAGUUUCGUGAACUGAACUCUGACCACUUCAGAAGAUAUCAGGAGCGCUUACGCAGUAUAAAUCCACCCUGUGUGCCUUUCUUUGGCAUGUAUCUGACUAAUAUAUUACAUAUAGAGGAAGGAAAUCUUGAUUUCCUUCCAAAUUCUGAACUAAUAAAUUUCUCGAAGCGGCGUAAAGUGGCGGAGAUAACGGGAGAGAUUCAACAGUACCAAAAUCAACCUUACUGCCUCACAAUAGAGCCCAAAACAAGAGCAUUUCUAGAAUCAUUGGAGCCUUUCCCCGGUAUGGAUGACAAUGAGGUGACGAAUUACCUCUAUGCUAAGAGUUUGGAGAUUGAACCCCGACCACCUGUCAAACAGAUGCCUAAAUUUCCAAGAAAAUAUCCGGAGCUAUCUCUGAAGCCGGUGAAGCUGUCUCGGCGCUCGCACGACUCCACGCACCAUUCCGCAUCCAGCGCAUCCAGUGCUGAUGAUAAUCUAAGUGUGUCGCAGUUGUCGCCGACUAGCGGCAGUACGUGGGAUGGCACCUCCGUCGCCUCGCUGCAGCUGCACCAUGAAGAUAAAGGUAGUCGUACUGAGGAGCGAGGUUCUUUAACUAGUCCUAGGUUUGAACGCGGUUCCAGCAAUUCUUUAGGCCAGCUGGGACAGUUCAGUCUACUUGACAAGGGACUCGCGUUAUUCGACAAGAGCAAAUCCAGUGUUAUGUUGAAUGCACGGAGCAGUGGACGCGAUGAACCUCCUUCACCCCGAGAUAAUCAUUCUCCCAGACAUGAUCGCAGUAACUGUUCAACGUUAACACGUCGCACGCCGGCGUUGUCUCCUCGCAGUGCUAUUGUUGAUGCGGAGGUGUUCUACUCACGUACUUCUGAACAUCUCGGCUCCAAGCGACAGGAACCGUUACCACAGGAGCGUGUGCCCCCGCUACUGCCGCGUGGUGGGCAGGGGGCGGAGGGUGAGAAACCACCCCCUCUACCUCGCCGACCUGCAUCCCCACCUUCCCAUAAUGCAUCCAGUGAACCACCACCGGAGCCACCUGACAGACCUCUUCCCAGUCCCAAACAUCAUGAUCUCUUCAGAACGCCAGCCAUGUCUCCGAAGCGUUCCCCCGCGCCCGCGCCCCCCAUUAGUCCCUUACCACAAUGCAAUAACAUAGAACAGAGAACUGCGGCGUUCAACUUUCCGUCCGCCGUGUCUCCAUCUGCAUCACACCAUUCAACGGAUGGCUGCGGCGUGUCUCCGCCCCUGCCACCCCCGCUGCCGCCGCGCAGAAGACGGGACUCCGCCGCCCCGCCCACGCCGCUGCAUCAGGUACCCCAUCCAUAUACUAUAGACGGAGCGCCCGGGGCGCCGCCCCCGCUGCCACCUCGCCCCGCGCCCGCACCCGAGCUGCUGCGUCCUGCGCACUCCGCGCUGCUGCAGCGAAGACACCACAGCGCCUCGUUGGCGCCUCGUCUGCCUCCGAAGCCGCCACCAGCCGCGGUGGCGCCGCGCACCUAG